AGCGGUGCAGGAGAGAGAGAGAGAGAGAGUGAGAGUGAGAGAGAGAGAGAGAGAGUGUGAGAGAGUGCGGUGGGAGUGAGUGAAUCUCUUCUUUGAGAUUCCAGAGACGGAAAACGCAAAAUAAAGCUACAGCAGAAACAAUGGACAUUACAGUAGCUCACAUUCUUACACUGCAGGGAUGAACUGCAGUGAGAUUCUGCUCGCUCUCAGUUCGUUUUUCAACUCACCAACACAGCCAGCUAGUGAGGAACAGGCUAACCAGCUGCUUAGCUAGCGCUACCUGGUUUGUUUACUUUUGAAGCUACGCUUGUUGGUUAAAUUGACGGCUAGCUGGUUCGUGAAUCGAGUUGUGCUGUUAGCUGUUUUCUCCGCAGCUUUUUGGCUUCGACUUCGGCUUCCACACAGGCCUGUAAAGAGCUCAAUAAACAAAAAUGGGUGCUUUCCUGGACAAGCCAAAGAUGGAGAAGUGUAACUCACAUGGCGAAGGAAAUGGCCUGCGCUAUGGUCUGAGUAGCAUGCAAGGCUGGCGAGUAGAGAUGGAAGAUGCUCACACUGCUGUCAUUGGCCUUCCUCAUAACCUCAGCAAAUGGGCAUUUUUUGCUGUUUAUGAUGGGCAUGCUGGCUCUCAGGUGGCUCGCUACUGUUGUGAACACCUGCUGGAUCACAUCACUAGCAACCCGGACUUCAGGAGUGGAGGUUCAGGUGGAAGCAGUGAGGACUCUCGCCCUGAGCCCUCAGUGGAAAGUGUAAAGAAUGGCAUUCGCACUGGCUUUCUACAGAUCGACGAGCACAUGCGCAGUAUGUCAGAGCGCAGGCACAGCGCUGACCGUAGUGGCUCAACAGCUGUUGGUGUAAUGGUGUCGCCAAGCCAUUUUUAUUUCAUCAACUGCGGUGACUCAAGGGCAUUGCUAAGCCGCGGCGGCCGGGUCCACUUCUUCACCCAGGAUCACAAGCCCAGUAAUCCUCUAGAAAAGGAGAGAAUUCAAAAUGCUGGUGGUGCAGUUAUGAUUCAGAGAGUCAACGGUUCUCUGGCUGUAUCUCGUGCGCUUGGAGACUUUGACUACAAGUGUGUACAAGGAAAGGGCCCAACAGAGCAACUGGUGUCCCCGGAGCCUGAGGUGUAUGAGAUUGAGAGGUCAGAUGUGGAGGAUGAGUUUGUGGUGUUAGCCUGUGAUGGAAUCUGGGAUGUCAUGACCAAUGAGGAACUAUGUGACUUUGUGCGCUCAAGACUGGAGGUGACAGAGGACCUGGAGAGGGUGUGUAACGAAAUAGUGGACACCUGUUUGUAUAAGGGUAGCCGUGACAACAUGAGCGUGGUACUGCUAUGCUUUCCAGGUGCACCCAAGAUUAAUCCAGAAGCUGUGAAGAGAGAGGCUGAGCUGGAUAAGUACUUGCAGAACAGAGUAGAAGAACUCAUUCAGAAGCAGGGUGUGGAGAGAAUUCCAGACUUAGCCCAUGUGAUGUGUGUGUUAGCUACGGAGAGUAUUCCCAACCUUCCGCCUGGGGGAGAACUGGCUAGCAAACACAGCUUUGUGGAGGAAACGUACAAUAAACUCAAGCCCUACCAAAGUGACAGCACAUGUGGAGCCACCAACUGGGGUAAUGUAUGUGGAUCCUCCCAGCUCUAAACAGGACCUGUUCCAUCCUCACAACUGUCACCUGUAUGAAUUUUAUGAGGAAAAAACUCAUGAUUCUUGUUGACUCAUAAUGUAAUGACAGGAGCUUCCAGUUCUACAUUUAGAUACAUCACAUGUACAAAGUCUUGUGGUCACCCUACACAUAUAGCUAUAAACAUUAGGAUGGGGUCAUGCUGCAUUUUCAAACAUGAGCCUCCUUUAAGCCAUGAGGAUGUUAACUAAAUUUAGUCCUGCUCUUAGUUCACACAAAUUAUUUUAGAAUUGUUGGUUGGGCUUAAGGUCAGGCCUGUUUAGGCCAUCUAGUUGUUCCACAAUUCUCAACUUAAUAAAUCUCCCUUGACUAUUAUCCUCCUCCAUCAAGCUUUACAGUUUGUACAAUGGUAGCCAACUGUAGCAGACAAGCUGCUUUGCCAGCUGAUGCUAGGUACUCUGCUAUGCUAUACUCUUAUUGGGAUUAUGUGGUUACUACUUUGCAGCUGAGCUGUUGUUUUUCCUAGAUUUUUUAACAUAAU